UGGCUGUUAAAAAAGGAGACAGAAAUAGUAUGUCUGCUCUUUCUAGUCCGAAGCUAGCCGAAGCGCGGAGUUCACAUGUACAGUGGCUUGCGCAUGUGUGCAGUAUUCCCUCCCUCAUAUUGCUUGCUGCUUGCGUCUCAAAUCUGGCGUCACUGAAUCGCCAGAGCGGUCCAGCUGUUGUGGACAAUGGCGACGUCUCGACGGCUGGUGUGACAUCUCGGGCUAAAUGUUCCCGCUACGCUGUUCGGACGUUGUUGCACGUACACGCGUAUCAAUCCGCGGCGGCUGAGAGCACAUCUCAGCACGUAGAAUCAAGUGUACCGUUCCUUUCUCUUUCUUUCUGUCUUUCCGCCCUGCUCUUUGCCGCCCGCGAUGGCCUCGGUAAAUGCAAACGCGCUGUCCAGUGACAUAAGUCGUAGGAAUCCUCAGGACGAGUACGAGCUCAUUCAGAGAAUAGGCAGCGGGACUUACGGCGACGUCUAUAAGGCUAAACGGCUCUCCAUGAAUGAUCUGGCGGCAAUUAAGGUUAUCAAAUUAGAACCAGGUGAUGACUUUGCAAUCAUUCAACAAGAGAUUCUAAUGAUGAAGGAUUGUAGGCAUCCGAAUAUUAUCGCGUAUUACGGUAGUUAUUUGAGGAGAGACAAAUUAUGGAUAUGCAUGGAGUACUGCGGAGGUGGAUCAUUACAGGAUAUAUAUCACAUAACUGGACCAUUAUCAGAAAUACAAAUAGCAUAUAUGUGUCGAGAGACCCUCACAGGUUUAGCUUACUUACAUAGUAUGGGCAAGAUGCAUCGUGAUAUUAAGGGUGCCAAUAUAUUAUUGACAGAAGCGGGUGAUGUAAAAUUGGCAGAUUUUGGCGUGUCGGCGCAAAUCACCGCGACGAUUAACAAGAGAAAGAGUUUUAUCGGUACACCUUACUGGAUGGCUCCUGAGGUAGCAGCUGUGGAAAGGAAAGGCGGUUACAAUCAAUUAUGUGAUAUUUGGGCGUGCGGAAUAACCGCGAUAGAAUUGGCGGAGUUGCAGCCGCCGAUGUUUGAUCUGCAUCCGAUGCGCGUCCUGUUUCUCAUGUCCAAAUCAGGCUUCAAGCCACCGACUUUGAAGGAUCGUGACAAAUGGAGUCCAACGUUUCACAAUUUCGUCAAAGUCGCGCUUACGAAAAAUCCCAAAAAGAGGCCGACAGCGGAAAAGUUGCUUCAGCAUGCGUUUUUCCAGGGGGAAAUGAAUAAGAGACUGGCAUUAGAGUUAUUGCAGAAAGUGUCAAAUCCUAGCCAUAUGUUUGCCGAUUUAGAAGCCGACGAGGACGGGGCAGUGCCGAAUGUUCCACAAAGAAUAGCGUCGCGUCACACCGCGAGGCCUAGGCCGAAAAGUCCUAUAUCACAACUAGAUAGUGAUGAUCAAAUUAAUCUCGACGGAGAUACAUUACAUAGAGAUCCUAUGUCACCAUCUGUGGACGCUAAUCCUGCAUGGGACAUCAUGGACAUUAUGAAUAACGUUAAGUCUGUACAUAAUUGUGACGUGCAUCCAGAUUGUGGGAUUGGUUCUGCGUUUGAAGACGUCCAAGAAAAUACACUUGGCGCGAACGUUAAGACAAGUAAAAUAUCGAAACGUCAUAGCAAAACUGGCACAGAGAUAUUUCAUAUGACUUUAAGGAGUCUAUUGCAGUACAUUGAUGAGGAGUUGUUGCUAAGGGGGAAUGCAAUGUCGAUGGUCGGUGGGCAUUGCGACCAGCUAUAUUCCCUGCAAGCUACUCUUCCACUUGGGGAAUCGUCGAACGACUGCGAAGUCCAUUGUCCGUAUUACAAUGUGCCUGAUUUAUGCACAGGGUCCCAAGCAAGUCCCAGACGUCACAGCUCUGUGGACGAAUUGUACGGUCUCGUCAACAGUUCUCAGGCCUUAACUGCUGUCAAUGGGCAACGCCAACGAUCAUUAUCGGAUAGCGGCCCUAGGGACGAGUCCGCACAGUCAAACGGUGACAAUGAGAUAUCAGCCGAUCGAGAUAGGGAAAGUAUGAGUCCUGACUUAUUGUCAGACACACCGCCUGUGCCUCCGAGGAGAAGGGAUCGGAAAAGACACACGCCACCAAGACCUAUAAGCAAUGGGCUGCCUCCCACGCCAAAAGUGCAUAUGGGAGCGUGUUUCUCAAAAGUAUUCAACGGCUGUCCACUGAGAAUACACUGCACCGCAAGCUGGAUUCAUCCGGAUACGAGGGAUCAGCAUCUGCUGAUUGCAGCGGAGGAAGGGAUCUAUAAUUUGAACUUGAACGAGCUCCACGAAACUGCGAUAGAUCAGUUAUAUCCGAGACGUACUAUUUGGAUGUACGUCAUCAAGGAUGUUCUCAUGUCCCUUUCUGGGAAAACGCCUCAGUUGUAUAGGCACGACUUGUUAGCGAUGCUAAGUAAACAGACCCAUAGGUUUUCGUUGCACAUGAACAAAAUACCAGAGAGAUUAGUCCCUAGGAAGUUUGCCCUCACUACUAAAGUGCCGGAUACGAAGGGAUGUACUAAGUGUUGCGUUGGCAGAAACUCGUAUAAUGGAUACAAGUACUUGUGCGGCGCGAUGCCGGCGGGUAUAUUCUUAAUGCAGUGGUACGACCCGUUGAAUAAAUUUAUGCUUCUGAAACACUUUGACUGCGUUCUGCCGUCGCCUCUAAACGUCUUUAAAAUGAUUAUCACGCCUGAGAUGGAGUACCCGAUGGUGUGCGUGUCAGUUAAACAGCCAUAUCAGCAGAACAAACUCAAGUUGGACUUAAUUAAUAUGAAUUCGGGAGCGAGUUGGUUCCAUAGCGACGAAUUAGAAGAUAUGGAUGGCUCAGCGACUGUGAUACCAAGAAGAGAAAAUUUGAACGUUAUUAAUGUUACGCAAUUCGAGAAAGAUGCGAUACUCGUUUGCUACGAUAAUGUGAUGAAGAUGGUGACCUUACAGGGAAAACCCCGUGUUAGCAAGAAACAGUUGUCAGAGCUGCAGUUUAAUUUUCAAAUUGAAUCUAUCAUUUGUCUACAAGAUAGCGUAUUGGCGUUCCACAAGCAUGGUAUGCAAGGUAGAAGUUUCAAAAAUGGCGAAGUCACGCAAGAAAUUAGCGAUCCGAGUAGGACUUAUAGGCUACUUGGCUCAGAUAAGGUUGUGAUGUUGGAGAGUCACCUGGUGCACAGUGGCACGCUAACUGAAUCGGAAGGAGCGGACUUGUAUAUUCUCGCUGGACAUGAGGCCAGUUAUUAAGCGUUGAUUCUAAGUAGCUAACACGACCACACGCUGCGUUAUCGUCUCACACGAUGUUUGUGAUUGAACUUCAUGUAACGUGAAACGACUACGAGAGCGGUAAGAAAUUAAAAUAUGCAGAGGUAAAUACUUUACAAUCAAUUAUCCGACUGCGGCCGGUCAUCGGUGCACCGGUGUGCACUUGAAACGCUGCGAUAGCCGCCGCUGUUCUCUUCGCAUAGUCGAUAUUACAUAGACUGGUAGUUACUCGCGAUAACCUUUUUUUAAUGAGAGAGGUCUUCGAGCUAGACAAUUCUCUCAAUAGACACGAGUAAAACUAUUAUGGGAAGCGGAAUAUUGAAUUUAACAGGAGGACAAACUUAAGAAGGAAUAUGUACAUGGAAUUUACCUUAUGCCUGAUUAAAUGAAGCUAAUAACAAAUGAAAUGUCGAUUAAAAGUGAUUUGCCAGUUGAUUUAGCUAUUUAUGU